GCGGGGGCGAGGCAGAUGGGGCUCAAGGCGCGCAGGGCGGCCGGGGCGGCUGGCGGCGGCGGAGACGGGGGCGGCGGAGGCGGCGGGGCCGCUAACCCGGCGGGAGGGGACGCGGCGGCGGCUGGCGACGAGGAGCGGAAAGUGGGGCUGGCGCCCGGCGAGGUGGAGCAAGUCACCUUGGCGCUUGGGGCCGGAGCCGACAAAGACGGGACCCUGCUGCUGGAGGGCGGCGGCCGCGACGAGGGGCUGCGGAGGACCCCGCAGGGCAUCGGGCUCCUGGCCAAGACGCCCCUGAGCCGCCCGGUGAAGAGGAACAACGCCAAGUACCGGCGCAUCCAAACUUUGAUCUACGACGCCCUGGAGAGACCGCGGGGCUGGGCGCUGCUGUACCACGCGCUCGUGUUCCUGAUCGUCCUGGGGUGCUUGAUCCUGGCUGUCCUGACCACGUUCAAGGAGUACGAGACUGUUUCGGGAGACUGGCUUCUGUUACUGGAAACAUUUGCAAUUUUCGUCUUCGGAGCCGAGUUUGCUUUGAGGAUCUGGGCUGCCGGCUGCUGCUGCCGAUACAAGGGCUGGCGGGGGCGGCUGAAGUUUGCCAGGAAGCCCCUGUGCAUGCUGGACAUCUUCGUGCUGAUCGCCUCUGUGCCCGUGGUCGCCGUGGGCAACCAGGGCAAUGUCCUGGCCACGUCCCUGCGGAGCCUGCGCUUCCUGCAGAUCCUGCGCAUGCUGCGGAUGGACCGGCGGGGCGGCACCUGGAAGCUGCUGGGCUCGGCCAUCUGCGCCCACAGCAAAGAGCUCAUCACCGCCUGGUACAUCGGCUUCCUGACGCUCAUCCUUUCUUCAUUUCUCGUCUACCUGGUCGAGAAAGACGUGCCGGAGGUGGACGCACAAGGAGGGGAAAUGAAAGAGGAGUUUGAGACCUACGCAGACGCCCUUUGGUGGGGCCUGAUCACACUGGCCACCAUUGGCUAUGGAGACAAGACACCCAAGACGUGGGAAGGCCGUCUGAUCGCAGCCACCUUCUCCUUAAUCGGCGUCUCCUUCUUUGCGCUGCCAGCGGGCAUCCUGGGGUCUGGGCUGGCGCUCAAGGUGCAGGAGCAGCACCGUCAGAAGCACUUUGAGAAAAGGAGGAAACCGGCCGCUGAGCUCAUUCAGGCUGCCUGGCGGUACUAUGCUACCAACCCCAACAGGGCUGACCUCGUGGCCACGUGGAGGUUCUAUGAGUCAAUCGUCUCCUUUCCAUUCUUCAGGAAAGAACACCUGGAGGCAGCAGCCAGCCAAAAGCUGGGUCUCUUGGAUCGGGUUCGCCUUUCUAAUCCUCGUGGUAGCAAUACUAAAGGAAAGCUAUUUACCCCUCUGAAUGUAGAUGCCAUAGAAGAAAGCCCUUCUAAAGAGCCAAAGCCUGUUGGCUUAAACAAUAAAGAGCGUUUCCGCACCGCCUUCCGCAUGAAAGCCUACGCUUUCUGGCAGAGUUCCGAAGAUGCCGGGACAGGCGAUCCCAUGACGGAAGACAGGGACUACGGGAAUGACUUCCUCAUUGAAGACAUGAUCCCCACCCUGAAGGCUGCCAUCCGAGCUGUCAGAAUUUUGCAGUUCCGGCUCUAUAAAAAAAAAUUCAAGGAGACUUUGAGGCCUUACGACGUGAAGGAUGUGAUCGAGCAGUAUUCCGCGGGACAUCUUGACAUGCUUUCCAGGAUCAAGUACCUGCAGGCCAGAAUAGACAUGAUUUUCACCCCUGGACCUCCAUCUACGCCAAAGCAUAAGAAGUCUCAGAAAGGGGCCGCGUUCACCUACCCAUCCCAGCAGUCUCCCAGGAACGAACCGUAUGUAGCCAGGGCAUCCACAUCAGAAAUCGAAGACCAAAGCAUGAUGGGGAAGUUUGUGAAAGUCGAAAGACAGGUUCACGACAUGGGGAGGAAGCUGGAUUUCCUGGUGGACAUGCACAUGCACCACGUGGAGAGGCUGCGGGCGCGCGCCGUGGACUGCGACCCGGCCAAGGCCACGUCCCCGGCCGAGGUGGAGAGGAAAGGGGACGACCGGGAAUCUGACUUGAAAACCAUCAUGUGCAACUAUUCUGAGACAGCUCCCCCUGACCCCGCCUACAGCUUCCACCAGGUGCCCGUCGACAGCGUGGGCCCCUAUGGCUUCCUCGCCCGCGACCCCGGGAACCUGCCCCGAGGGAGACCCAGUUGUGGAAAGGGCCCAGCACCGCUUCCCUCCUCCACCGCGGCGUACGCGGAGAGGCCCACCGUCCUGCCCAUCUUGACUCUUUUCGACUCCCGGGUGAGCCAUCGGUCCCCGGCUGACCCGCACGGCCCCUGCUCGGACCGGGUCUCCCCCCGACAGAGACGCAGCAUCACCAGGGACAGCGACACGCCGCUGUCCCUGAUGUCAGUCGACCAUGAGGAGCUGGAACGGUCUCCGAGUGGCUUCAGCAUCUCCCAAGACAGAGACGACGUGUUUGGCCCAAACGGGGGCUCGAGCUGGAUGAGGGAGAAACGGUACCUGGCCGAGGGGGAGACAGACACGGACACGGACCCCUUCACGCCCAGUGGCUCCAUGCCUCUGUCGUCCACAGGGGACGGGAUCUCUGAUUCGAUAUGGACCCCUUCCAACAAGCCCACUUAACAGGGGUCAUGGGCUGACUCCUCCUUGUAAUGUCAGCAGACUCUGUACAGCUCAACUGCUCUCACUCUUACCCGUGAGAUGGCCCGCGGCUGCACCGGACACCUGCAUGUGUGUGACGGCCCCACCCAGGCAGGGCUCGGCAGGGCCUGCCCUCCCCUGUCACACAGGGAAGCCGCUUCCUCCUACGCAUGGUCUGCAUGCCGUUACAUUGUAUACGUGGUACCGCUCACCGCUGCUCGGAUA